GUGGCAGGAUCAGGGCGCCAUGCUCGUCCAAGACGGAAGCCUCCCGGUCGACGGCCACCGCGCGGAGAAGCCUGGCGGUCGCCAUGGCCAGCGCGGAGGAGCUCGCAGUGGAGAGCCCCUCCUGUGCCGCUCGACGGCGCGACGACCCGCCUACCGCGCACGCGGCGGCGCCGCGAUGCGCCCGGCCCCUGCAGCGCAGGCCGCCCGCCGGCGCGCGCCGAGGGGGCGCGCCGCCGCGCGGCCACCCCUCGGCGUGCUGCUGGGCACCUGGGAGGUAUGGCCCGACGGUCGCCGGAGGCGGCGCCGCGGUGGCGAGGCUCGUGGCGGCCUGCCCGGAGGAGCACUGCAGCAGCCCAAGGCGCGGCCGGAGGGCGCCGCGCCCGAGCUGAGGCGCCCGCGCCCGGGGAGGCCGCGGGGAGGCCGGCUGAGGCGGGCGGGGCUUGCGCAGGAGGAAGGCACGACCACCCCUUGCUUGUGCUCCCCCCGCCUCCUCGACUCGACCUCCCCUCGCCUCCCCAAUCCUCGUUCGGCAUGCGCCGGGAGCCUGGCCUUCUGGCAGGCUCGGCGGUCCUAG